AUUUUGUUUCAAAUUUAGAACAAAAAAUAUAAAUAUGUCUGACGUAGCAGUAAAAAAUGUUGAUAGUGCUUGUGAGACAGCUGAAGAAUUUACUAGAGUGUUUUACAAACAAGUAGACAACAGCCGCCAUCUAACCUCAAAAUUGUAUUUGGAUACUGGAUUACUUGUUUGGAACGGCAAUGGUAUCAGUGGCAAUGACAAAAUACAGAAAUUCUUGAUGGAUUUGCCUGCAAGUAACCAUACGCUGAAAAGUUUAGAUGCUCAACCAAUAUCUGAUGUCUUGGUUGCAAAUAAAUUGACGUACCUCAUCCAAGCUUGUGGAGAUGUUACUUAUCAAAACGAAGAAACAAAGAAACCAUUUCAGCAAACUUUUCUCAUAGUGGCAGUUGAUGGGAAAUGGAAGAUAGCCUCGGAUUGUUUCAGACUCCAAGUUCCUUAUGGAAAUUAAUUUUUAUUUUAUUAUUAAGUUAAAUGUACCAAUUGCUAAGCAAAAAUUUUAUUUAAGAAAUACAUUAAAAAUUCUUUUUCACCAUUAAAUGACUUUCAAUUAUGCCACUGUUAAAAUUUAGAGUAUUGACCUAAAAACAGAUUGCAAUUUGGACAAUAAUGCCUUGUUUUCUUAAACAGUGGGAAAAUGUACGGCAUUGCUGCAAGACAACAUAGCAUACACCAUCUAG